AAUGUACUUGUUGGUACUAUUGUGCUCGCAGUCGUCGGUACUGUUGUUGAAGUCUGUACACUGAUUGUACCUGAUAGUGUACUCGUUUGUACUAUUGCGCUCACAGUCGGUACUAUAGUUGAAGUUUGUACAAUGAUUGUACCUGAUAGUGUACUCGUUGGUAAUAUCGCAGUCGGUACUGUUGCUGAAGCGUUGGUGUUACUUGAUACGGUACUCGUCGGUUCUAUUGUGCUCCCAGUUAGUACAGUUGUUGAGGUUUGUGCGGUGGUUGAAAGGGUAUUCGUUGAUUCUAUUGUGCUCGUGGUUUGUACAGUUUCUGGAGUUUGUGUUGCAAGUGUACUUGAUAAGGUACCCAUUGGUACGAUUGUACUUGUUAUAACAACAGAAUCUGUUGAAGGUUGUGACGUUAUUGGGAUUGAAAGAGUUGAUGUUGAUAGUAUAACUGUUGACAAUUCUGAAGUUAUCGUAUUUGAUAAAGUUAUAGCUGAUGAAGCAGCACUUGCAGUUGACAUUAUAACUGAAUUUGUCGACAUAACACUAACUGUUGAUUCAGUCAAAGAUACAUUAUUGCACAAACUAGCAGACAUCGGAUUAGGCACUAGAACUGCCUCUGCACUGGGUGUAAGAGUAC